AUGCCUGCAUCCCCUCGUCAUCGAGCAAGCAGCACUACAGAUGAACAAAUUCUCGAGCAGGAACUUGUGGACACGUCCUUCGACGACUCGGAGGACGAGGACGAUAACGGAGCUGACGACGACGAGCGGCGUCCACGUCCAUAUGGAAGCCUCAUCUCAUGGAGCACAACGGAUCAGCUGGGCCCAUUAGGCAUUCUCUACGUGAUCCUCGCUCUGAUCCUCGUUAGUGGAAGAGUUAUGACCGAUGUCGACCUCCGUACCCAACUGAAACGCCUCCGCCUCCCCUCAACAGCAGGCCGCUCUCCGGUCCACUUCACCACCUCCUCAACGCAUCGUUCCAUGUCCCUAGACGCAUACCUGACCCACCUCCAACAAAAAGGUUUCCUCGACCGUCAACAGGUUGGUGACAAUGCAGCCAAGAAGGGUCCAGGGAAACGUAUAUGGGCUACUCAAGCAGAGGACGCGGAAGAAGGUCGCACGUGGGAAUGGCGCUGGGGACCGAGAGCUGCGUGUGAGGUGGGUGAAGAAGGCAUCGCAAAGUUCGUGGCAGAGUUUAUGAUUGGGAACGCAGAUGUGGACGAGGACGAGGACGCAGAGGAGGGCAAUGCCGCUGGGGGAGCCAGGAGGAGGGGGGCUGGUGGGGCGGCUGCGGCGAAUGGAAGGGAGGACAAGCUGAAGCGGAUGUUGGCUGGGGUGGAGAAGGCGGCUGGCGGGAAAUUGGCUGAGUGCCGUUAA